AUGACGAGAAUCUUUCUAACCGGAGCUUCAGGCUACAUUGGCGGAGAUGUGCUUUAUGCACUGAAAUCGGCCUUCCCAGGAUUGCAGUACACGGCAUUGUUGAGGGACCAGGACAAAGCACAUGCCAUUUCCAAAGUCUAUCCCGAUGUGCGUGUCAUCUCAGGAGACCUAGACUCUUCCUCCAUCCUGGAGGAACAGGCCCGUGAGGCAGAUAUUGUCAUUCAUACCGCCAGCUCAAACCACAUCAAAAGCGUCGAAGCGAUUGCGCGUGGUCUCACUGCCCCGGGCAGAUCCAAGCCAGGCCAUUGGAUCCAAAUAUCCGGCGCCAGCGUCCUCUCCAUCCCGGACAUUGAGAACAACGCCUUUGGUGAAGCCUCGGACAAGGUCUACAACGAUCUCGACGGAGCGGACGAGCUCCAAAACCUCAUCCAGCGAUACUCGGCGAAACGAGUAGUCGACAACCUUAUUCUCAGUCUGUCGCCGGCGAACCGACCCAAAACGGCGCUCAUCUUCCCUCCGAUCAUCUAUGGCCGCGGCCGAGGGCCCAUCAACCAGCGGAGCAUCCAGAUUCCCGAGCUCGCGAGAGUGACCAUACAACGGGGCCAGGGGGUUCAGGUAGGAAAGGGAGACAGCACAUGGAGUAAUGUCCAUGUGUCCGAUGUGAGCAGCAUCUUUGUGAAGCUGGUGGAGAAAGUGUUGCGAAAUGAGGAUGGUGAACUGUGGAAUGAGAAUGGGUUGUACUUCCCCGGAUCUGGGGCGGUGUCAUUCGGAGCAAUCUCCACGCACGUUGCCCAAGAAGUGAAGAAUCUCGGUCUUGCGGAUUCUGCCUCGGUAGCGGAGAUCAGCCAUGGAGAAGCGGACUCCCUCACCCCUCACGGAGGAGUACUCUGGGGAACGAACGCCCGGCAGGUAGCCCAGCGAGCCCGCCAGUUCCUGGGAUGGGUUCCAGCGGGGCAGACAUUGGAAGAGGAGAUCCCGGCCACGGUUCUGGCCGAGGCCCAGAAAUUGGGGCUGAAAUAG